AAACAAACUCGCACGAACUCGCAAGACGUUUCGUCUUGCGACGCAAGCCCAUAGGGAAAUUCGUCUUGCGGAACGACUCAAAAAACGGAAAACUCUUUCGUCUAGCGAGUUUUUCGUCUUGCGAGGCGUUCGUCUUGCGGGGCACCACUGUACAUGCUGUGCACCCAGAGGUGGGGCUAGCCGCCCGUGGCAAGCGUCCCAGGGGGGUGAUGUCACCCCCCCAGGGAUGACACCCAGGGUGGACCGCACCCCCUUCCUCCGCCGGUGCCGCUGACACCAAGGGUCUCCUUCUGCCCCACAGACCUGCCUGCCCCGAUGGAAGUACUGCAUCAGCGACACAGACAUCAACCUGGGCUUUGCGCUGGGCGCCAUGUUCGUCAAGGCCUCCUUCGCGGAAGACAGCAAGGCAGUGGUAAGGCGGUGACUGUUACGGGGCCAGUUCCGCUAAUCUUAUUUUAUUAGAGUUUUCCAGUAUACAUUUCCACCAUUAAAUAUCCACCACAGUGGAUGCUUGAGUAGCAAAUGUGAUCCGUGCAGGAGGCACAUUCGCAACCCACAGCACCGUGUCUGCGUACGCGCGGGUUGCGAUUUGGUGAUUCUGCGCAUGCGCAAAGCGCAAUUUAGCACUUCUGCACAUGUGCGACCUCCGAAACCCAGAAGUAACCUGUUCCGGUACUUCCGGGUUUUGGCGUGUCCGUAACCCAAAAAAACCGCAAUCUGAAGCGUCUAUAACCCGAGGUAUGACUGUAUUGCAAUAGUACCUUCAUCGACUUCCCUUCUUCCUCUUCCAUGGUUCUUUUAAUUUUCCCAUAAUUUCUGCAUAUUCUUGGGUGGGGAGGGAGAACAACGUUUAAUUUCAUUCCCCCCCCCAGUCAUAGUUCUCUAUUAUACAUUAUACAGUUGAAUUUACAUUAAUCCCACUAGCGUUUUCACUUGUUUACAGUUAUUUUCCAAAUAUUCCACAAAGAUUUUCCGCUCCUCUUUAGAUACUUGAUAUUCUCAUUCUCUUAUUCUGUUAACGCUACAUAUCCUAUCAUUUUAAGUUGGCACCUCUCCUUCUUAGGGACCUCUCUCACCCUCAAUUUUUGGGCUAACAAAAUCCAAACAGCUGUAGUUGCAUACAUAAAUAACUUUUUCUGACUCCAGGGUACCUCUGUCUGCACCAUUCCUAAAAGGAAUGCCUGUUUUUGGGGGGAAAUGUUUUUAAAAAAACUUUUUUUCAUAUCAUUAUAUAUCAUUUCCCAGUAUUCUUUGGCUAUUCUGCAUACCCACCACAUACGCUCCUUCUACUUACUUGCAUUUCCAACAUACAUCAGAUUCAGAUUUCUACAUUUUAGCUAAUCUGCUCAGAGUUAAAUACCAUCUAUGUGUCAUUUUCAUAUAAUUUUCUUUCAGUGAGUAAAUUUUAAAUCUUUCCUCCAAAGUUUCUCCCAGAGGUCCGUUCUGCUAAUCUAAUCUAACAUAUUUAGCUUACUUGUGUUUAGCAGAAAGUCCCAAUUUAGGCUGGAUCUAGACACAUCAAAGAAGUGUUUCAGUUUAAAGUGUUGUAAAUUUAAACAGGGAAAACAGGUAGAGAAAAAGGCAGCUCCAGAUCGCCGUCUGGUGGCACAAAAUUAUAUCACAUAUACAAUGCAUAUACAGUAUUUUUUGCUCUAUAAGACACACUUUUUUCCUCCUAAAAAGUAAGGGGAAAUGUGUGUGCGUCUUAUGGAGCGAAUGCAGGCUGUGCAGCUAUCCCAGAAGCCAGAACAGCAAGAGAGAUCGCUGCGCAGCGCUCCCUCUCACUGUUCUAGCUUCUGGCUUAGCCAGGUGCAGCCUCUUCAGGGCAGCGGGGAGCCUUCAGCCCGCUGCCCUGAAGAGGCUGCGCAGCUAUCCCAGAAGCCAGAACAGCAAGAGGGAUCGCUGCACUCCCUCUCGCUGUUCUAGCUUCUGGCUUAGUCACGCUCUGUCCCUUCCCCCACCUCCCAGAAAAGCCCCAAAAGCCACGCGGAGCGUGUGUGCUGCUCUUGGGGGCUUUUCCCCGAGGAGGGAGAAGGGCAACCAAAAUACAGUGGUGCCUCGCAAGACGAAAUUAAUCCGUUCCGCGAGUCUCUUCGUCUUGCGGUUUUUUCAUCUUGCGAAGUACGGCUAUUAGUGGCUUAGUGGCUAUUAGCGGCUUAGCGGCUAUUAACGGCUUAGCGGCUAUUAACGGCUUCGCGGCUUUAAGAAAAAGGAAACAAACUUGCAAGAACUCGCAAGACGUUUCGUCUUGCGAAGCAAGCCCAUAGGGAAAUUCGUCUUGCGGAACGACUCAAAAAACGGAAAACUCUUUUGUCUAGCGAGUUUUUCGUCUUGCGAGGCAUUCGUCUUGCGGGGCACCACUGUAACUACCAAACUUUUAGAAGACAUCUGAAGGCAGCCCUGUUUAGGAAAGCUUUGAAUGUUUAAUAAGUUAUUGUGUUUUAGUGUUUUGUUGGAAGCUGCCCAGAGAGGCUGGGGAAACCCAGCCAGAUGGGUGGGGUAUGUAUGUAUGUAUGUAUGUAUGUAUAAAUAAAUAAAUAAAUAUUAUCAUCUCUCUCUGUGAAUAUUGAAUAAAUUACCUUUGUAAGAACCUCUUGUUUUCCAUUUCUGGCUGCCAGCUGUGAGGGAGGGGGAUGGGAUUCCCUGAACCUCACACACACCGACCAUUUGCCAGGACCUCCCCCGCCCCCCCCAAUUCCUGUUAAAAGAAGCGGCCCCACCUCGUAACCUCGUGCUUUGUCUCCACCAGGCUGAGGAAAUGAUUAAGGAGAUCAAGAUGGCCUUCGAAGAGAGCUUGGCAACUCUCCCGUGGAUGGAUGAGGAGACGAGGCGGUCCGCCAAGGAGAAAGCCGACGCCAUCUACGACAUGAUCGGUUACCCUAAGUUCAUCAUGGACCCCAAAGAGCUGGACAAAGUGUUCAAGGAUGUGAGUUGGAGGUGGGGCAAGCCCACUAAGGCCAAGCAGCGGGAUUUGGAAUGGGGGGUUGGCGGUGACUGCGGCCAGCUGCCCUGGCCUCUCCUUGCUUCCCUAUUCUGAUGGGCCAGUGUGGUGUAGUGGCUAAGAGCGGUGGACUCGUAAUCUGGUGAACCGGGUUCGCUUCCCCGCUCCUCCACAUGCAGCUACUGGGUGACCUUGGGCUAGUCACACUUCUCUGAAGUCUCUCAGCCCCACUCACCUCACAGAGUGUUUGUUGUGGGGGAGGAAGGGAAAGGAGAAUGUUAGCCUCUUUGAGACUCCUUCGGGUGGUGAUAAAGCGGGAUUUCAAAUCCAAACUCCUCUUCUUCUUCUUCUCCUCCUUCUUCUCCUCUUGCUUCCUGGCAGUACGAUGCCGUCCCGGAUCUAUACUACGAGAACGUCAUGCAGUUCCUCAACUUCUCCGCCCGAGUGGCCGCUGAGCAGCUCCGGAAGCCUCCAAACCGCGACCAGUGAGUCGGCCUCGGGAUGCCGGGGGGGGGGGAGGCUCAAACCCCGGGGAGGGGGGCUGGCCCACUCGGACCGUGCACUUUUUCGGGCACACCAAACUUUGGCUGAAGCUGAGUGUCGGAAGGUUCAGGACGGGUAGAAGAAAGCACUUCCUUAUGCCCUGCAUAGUUAAACUGUGGAACUCGCUGCAGCAGGAGGCAAUGAUGGCAACCAACUUCGUUGGACAAUAACAAUAAAUUUAUAUGCCACCCAUCUGAUUGGGUUGCCCCAGCCACUCUGGGCGGUUUCCGGCGAAUUAAAACACAGUGAGACAUCAAGCAUUAAAAAUGUCCCUAUACAGGGAUGCCUUCAGAUGUCUUCUAAAAGUCAGAUAGUUGUUUAUUUUCUUGACAUCUGGUGGGAGGGCGUUCCACAGGGCGGGCACCACUACCGAGAAGGCCCUCUGCCUGGUUCCCUGUAACCUCGCUACUCAAACUUUGAGGAGGAGGUUGCUGUUAGUGUGUGUGUGAGAGAGAGAGACAGAGAAGGAAUCUUUUAUCCAAGUUGGAACUCAAGGCAGAAGAUAAUGCCCCCCUGUUCUUACAGGUUCUGCAAUCCAGUUUCUAUAUAUUGAAGAAAUAAACUGAGAGGGCCGUGUUGCAGGUCAUCCAAGUCGUGCAUCCUGCAUUCCAAGAAAAGGACAAACUUUUAUGUCCUCAAUCAUUCCUGCCUAUUUCCUGCUCCCACUGCAUUUUUGCAUUUGCUUGUGCAGUCUUGCAUAAUUCCAGCUGGAGGCUGGCAUUCAAGGGAGAGAGCUCAGCUUAGUGCCGAAGUACAAGCUUUGCAGGCAUGUGCAGAGUACUCUACCCCCUGCCCUGACUAACAGAUCUGCAGUGAGCAGUAAAAGGCCCCCAGGGCCAAGGGUGCAAUUUCCAGACAUGUUUUAGGGUUACCCAUGAAGACUUUGAGGUUGAGGAAUGGGAAAUGCCCAAAACCCAAAUUGGGCUGAUGGAGCAUUGAGUUUUUAGGACACCUCGAGUGGUCUUGCCAUUGACCAUACUCUCCCCCUCUUCUCUCCCUCCUCCUUCUUCUUCUGGAGAUGGAGCAUGACUCCCCCAACAGUGAAUGCUUAUUACUCCCCGACCAAGAAUGAAAUCGUCUUUCCUGCUGGGAUCCUGCAGCCUCCGUUCUACACCCGAAGCUCCCCAAAGUACGAAUGUUUCACUCUCUUUCUCUCUGUCACCCCUCCCCCAAUCAGAUAUUCAGUGUUUGGCAAGGCAGGGGGAGGGCAUUAACACCCCUCCCAAUUCAGCCUCACUGCCGUGAGGUUCAGGAAGAACUCCAGCAGGGAUUGGUUGUUUUUUUUUAAGUGCGGCUGUAGGGCUGGAAGUAAAGCACUAUGGUCUCAGAGAUGAUGGAUGGAGACCAAAAUACCUUUAGAGGCCUCUUGCAUCUACAAAGCUUAAACUGGGCACCACAGUUGUAAGGAGGAUAUUGACAAGCUGUAACCAAGAUGAAAAAGGGGUCUGGAAACCAAGCCUGAUGAGGAACGGUUGAGGGAGUUGAGUACGUUCAGCCUGGAGAAGAGAAAAAGGAGAGGUGAUAGGAUAGACAUCUUCAAACAGCUAAAGGGCUGUCACAUGGAAGAUGGAGCAAGCUUGUUUUCUGCUGCUCCAGAGGGAAGGACCCAAACCAAUGGAUUCAUACGACUAAGGGAUGAAAUUCUGACGUUAGGAAGAAUUUUAAUGUUUUUAAGAGCUAUUCAGCAGGAGAAUGGAGUCCCUCAGAAGGUGAAAGACUCUCCUUCACGGGAGGUUUUUAAGCAGAGGUUGGGUGGCCAUCUGUCAGGGAUGCUAUAGUUGCAAUUCCUGCAUUGCAGGGGGUUGGACUAGAUGACCCUGGGGGUCCCUUUCCAACUGCACAGUUUCAUGGUUCUAAGGUGUCUUCCUGCCCGGCCUCUGUGCGAAUCAGCCUACCAGCUCCCAUUAUUGUUACUCAGAUUCAUACGCCCUGCUUCCCAGCAUAAUGCCGUCAGAGCAAAAUUAGUGCAAGAUAAAAAUUACAAAAACAAUGCUACGAACUCCAAAAGCAAUAAAAUAUCCUGGCGGACUCCAAAAACACCAGAACAUUUCCCGUCAGAUAUGAAAUCAGUCUUCCAUAAAUGACUGGGGUCACAUGUCAGGGGAAAGCCUUCACUAGCAUAUUUUCGGUAGGCCCAUCUGUGCGCCACAUGUGCCUGGUCCUUGUUCCUCAGCCCUUUCUGGUUGGCUGUCUUCCUGCCAAACCAGUUCCCUCACAGCCACCUCCACUGGUCCAGUCAAAUUCCACAGCUCUGCCUCCCCAACUCAAGAGGUAGAAUGUUGGUGAAUGUGCCAUCACAUCAGAGCAUCUCUGCCCAUGGGCUCGAGCAAUGGGGCAACUGCAGUCAAUUUUUAAGCUUUCGUUGUACAAACCGUACCUUGCACCUCGCUGGGUAUGUGUGCGUGUGGUCCAGGGAGAUAAAGUGUUGCCAACCGCUAGAGAAGGUGGCUGAGAAUCAGUGCCAGAUUUACGUAUAGGGCCCCGCUUUCUUGGGGGCCCCCAAAAAAAUUUAAGGGGGAAAAACUGGAUGUACAUUUCCAAAAUAUAAGUUAAGUUCAACAAUUACUUUGAUAAAAUACAGAUUUUGUUAUGUGCAAAUGGCUUUAGAUACCUAUUAGGUCCAUAAAUGACCAUAUAGUAUAUAAGGUAAAGGUAAAGGGACCCCUGACCAUUAGGUCUAGUCGCGGAUGACUCUGGGGUUGCAGCGCUCAUCUUGCUUUAUUGGCCAAGGGAGCCGGAGUACAGCUUCCGGGUCAUGUGGACAGCAUGACUAAGCCGCUUCUGCAAACCAGAGCAGCGCACGGAAACGCCGUUUACCUUCCCGCCGGAGCGGUACCUAUUUAUCUACUUGCACUAUGACGUGGUUUCGAACUGCUAGGUUGGCAGGAGCAGGGACCGAGCAACGGGAGCUCACCCCGUCACAGGGAUUUGAACCGCCGACCUUCUGAUCGGCAAGUCCUAGGCUCUGUGGUUUUACCCACAGCGCUACUGCGACAAUUUGUUGCUGACAAAGGAUAGCUGGACAUAUAAAGGGCCCCAUUACCUUUAGUAGCUUAGGGCCUCAUCAAACCUAAACCCAGCCCUGCUGAGAAUCAGCAUUGUUGAGAAAAGGGCAACCCAAAAAGCUCAGCGGGGUGGAGCGACUCGCCUAUGAAGAAAAGUUGCAGUAUUUGGGACUCCUUGCAGGGGUUCUCAACCUGUGGGUCCCCAGAUGUUGUUGGACUACAGUUCCCAUCAUCCCUGAGCUCUGGCCUUGCUAGCUAAGGGUGAUGGGAGUUGUAGUUCAACAACAUCUGGGGACCCACAGGUUGAGAAAGACUGGCUUAGAGGGAAGGUGACAUGAUAGAAGUUUACAAAGUUAUUCAUGGUGUGAAAAAAGUGAAGAGGGAGAGAAAAGUUCUCCCUCGAAACCGCUAGAGCUGGUUGGGAAUCCAGUGAAGCUGAAUGUUCGGUAUGGGUAAAAGGAAGACCUCCUCCUUCACGCAGCGCAGAGUUAAUCUGUGGAACUCCCUCCCACAGGAGGCAGUAAGGGCCACCAACCCGGGUGGCUUGGAAAGAGGAUUAGACAAAAUCCUGGAGGAGGAGAAGGCUACUAGCAGCAAUGGCUGCGCUGUGACUCCACGGUCAGAGGCAGCUAUGCCUGUUGCCAGAAACCGCAGGAAGGAACAGUUGCUCUUGGGCUAGAAUUCUGCUUGCAGGUUUCCCACAGACAUCUGGUUGGCCCUUUGAGAACAGGAUGCUGGACUAGGUGAGCUGUUAGUGUGACCCAGAAGGCUCUUCUUCUGUCUUUAUUGUUUGCAGCAGUUCCCCUGGAGCCAGCAGAUUGGGGCUGGCUCCUCCGUGGAGCCAACAAAUGUAUUUCUGACUUACAGUGGAUGCUUGGCUUGCGAACGUGAUCUGUGUGGGAUGCACGUUCGCAACCCGCAGUGUUCGCAACCCGCGGGUUGCGAUUCGGCGCUUAUGUGCAAAAUGCGAUUUAGCGCUUCUGCGCAUGCGCAGCUGCCGAAACCUGGAAGUAACCCGUUCCGGUACUUCCGUGUUUCGGCAGUCCACAACCCAAAAGAACGCAACCUGAAGCGGACGCAACAUGAGGCAUGAGUGUACUGACAUUUUCUUUCUCCCUGUAGGGCACUGAAUUUCGGUGGGAUUGGUGUGGUCGUGGGCCAUGAACUGACUCAUGCUUUUGACGACCAAGGUCAGGACCGCCUUUCCUCCAUCUCUUUAAUUCAUCUUCUAGAAUUUAUCUUCCUCCUCUCCACCCCACCCCACACACUUUUUUUGCUGCGGUGUUUGCCACUUCGGGCUGUUUCAUUUUUAAACCCUUAGCAAACUUCUUGCAAACGGUUAGAUUUUUCUUGCAAAGUAAACUUGUGGGGCAGAGCAGCACUUUUCCUGGGCGUUGCUUUAAAAAGUAACAAUAAGGAUCUAUAAGUAAAAGUUUACAGUUGUAUAUAAGCAUACAAACAUUUGAUUGUCGUAACAUCCAAGUACACCCCACCACACACAUACAAUUAGUACAUAAAAGGAUAUUUAAAUGUUCUCAAAUUAUUUUGUUCAUUCCACACUGCAGAGUAUUGAGAUGGGGCGGGGGUGGCACAAUAUCAUUUUGUGCGUUUAGCUGCGAUUUCCGCAUUGCAGGGUGUUUGACUAGAUGGCCCUUGGGGGGGGGGUCCCUUCCAACUCCACAAUUCUGUGAUUCUGUGAUUCUUUUUGCUAACGUCCUUGGUCCUUGCAGGCCGGGAGUACGACAAGGACGGCAACCUCCGCCCCUGGUGGAAGAAUUCGUCAGUGGAGGCCUUUAAGCAACAGACCGAGUGCAUGGUGGAACAGUACGGCAACUACACAGUCCACGGGGAGGCCAUCAAUGGCAAGCACACCCUGGGGGAGAACAUCGCCGACAACGGGGGGCUCAAAGCCGCCUACCGGGUGAGACUCCCUCAGGCCUUUCAAUCAGACUUUGGGAGCUGUGGGGUCUUCUUUGCUGCAGCUGCAGAAGCUGCCUGGCAAAAGAGGAGCGGGGAUGAGGUUGCCAAGUAAAGCUGUUAUUUACCGUCCCCGUCCCCCCGCAAAAAAACCCCAAAAUUGAUAUGUGAGUCUCAACCCAUAGAGAGAAAAGGCCAAGGCCACUUGCUUAGAGCACUCAUCCCAAUUUCUCACAAAUAGUCUCUAAAUUGAACACCACAGCUUUGUGUCUCUUCCUAUUCAUAAAAAAUAAUGGUUGUUAUUCAUUUUUUAACUACAAGAACAACAUCGUAUUUGCGAAAUACAAGCUGUAAAACGCCGAAAUUGGAAUUUCCAUGCACAAUAACUGAUUUGGUGUUAUAUUGGCUUAAAUACAGAAUCAUUAAAAAAUGGCAAACUAAUCAAACCACAAAUAAUAUGUAAAUCACAGUGCACGUAAAGAAUGAAAAAAAAAACCCCAAAUGCAGUGCAAAAUCUUAAAAUAAAUAAUGCUUUGAGAUGGAGUGAAUAAAAAUAAUCAAACCUUAAUUCAGAAUAACUAUAGCACCACCUAGUGGUAUUAGAGGUGUCAUUUUCCCCCCCACAGGGGAGCCUAGAUCAUCAAAGAAGGGUGGGAGAGGUUAGGAAAGUUGUGAGCCACAUAUUACAAAGAGUUGGUGCCAGAAGAUUGCCAUGUUUGGCUAUUUUCAUAAAAUCUGCAAAGCCAGCCCAAGGUGCAGUAAAAUUGUCCUUGUGCAAAUCUCUGUUUAGUCAUCAGUUUUUCUAACACUGCAAUCUGCCAUAAUACUAAUUUGUACAUAAUACUAAUUUGUAACAUUUACUCCUUCCAGGUUCUUUCAGGGUCUAGCUAUAAUAAUUCUCGCUGCUUGCACAAGCAAGUUUAUCAGGUCUUUGUUCUGUAAAUCCAGUCUAUAGCAGUGGUUCCCAACCUUUUUUUGGCCAUGCCCCACCUAAAAGGUAAAGGUAAAGGGACCCCUGACCAUUAGGUCCAGUCGUGACCGACUCUGGGGUUGCGGUGCUCAUCUCGCUUUACUGGCCGAGGGAGCUGGCGUACAGCUUCCGGGUCAUGUGGCCAGCAUGACUAAGCCGCUUCUGGCGAACCAGAGCAGCGUAUGAAAACACCGUUUACCUUCCCGCUGGAGUGGUACCUAUUUAUCUACUUGCACUUUGACGUGCUUUUGAACUGCUAGGUUGGCAGGAGCAGGGACCGAGCAACGGGAGCUCACCCCGUCGCGGGGAUUUGAACCGCCGACCUUCUGAUCAGCAAGUCCUAGGCUCUGUGGUUUAACCCACAGCACCACCCGCGUGCCUAUGCCCCACCUAAGCAUCUCUAAUAUCCUGAUCCCGCCCCACGCCAUUAACAUAUAAUUCUUACUAUUCAAAAAGUGAGCUAUUCACAUGGAGGAAGCCUAAAAGGCCAUUGACUGUUAAUCACGUAUUCUCAAAUUGCCCCCCUUAAAAAUCAAAUUGCCCCCCUGUGGGGCAUGUGCCCCACAUUGGGAGCCAUGGGUCUAUGGGGAAAAUAUGUAUAAGAGCUAAAUGUGGACUAGGCGUUAAUUGCUGUGACUAUUCCUGUAAUCUAGCUGUAAGAGUCGGAAGGGUGUAUGAUAAGUCCUGCUGGGUCGGGCCAAAGGGGGGCCCAUCCAGUCCUGAUUCUUGUUCUCACAGUGGCCAGCCAGAUACCCAUUCUGGGAAGCCGACAAACAGGGCCGGCUCACAUGAGCAACUCUCCCCUCCUGCAGUUUCCAGAAUCAUUGCUGCCUCAGACCAUGGAGGCAGAACGUAGGCAUUCUGGCUAGUAACCUUUGAUAGCCCUCUGUUCCAUGAAUUUAUCUACAGUGGUGACUCGCAAGACGAAAUUAAUUCGUUCCGCGAGUUUUUUCGUCUAGCGAAUUUUUCGUCUUGCGAAGCAUGAAAUCCCAUAGGAAUGCAUUGAAAUUCAAUUAAUGCGUUCCUAUGGUCAAAAAAAGUCCAAACAAAGCCAAAUUUGGUACAACAAGAGUUUAUUAAGUGCUCUUUAAAGUCACACAUACUGUAAAGAGCAUUUCAAAAACUGAAGGAACAAUAAAUUAAGUUUCUAAACAUGACAGAAAAACAUUUAAAAAUCAACAAAGUGUACAGUACAUUUUCUAAGACUCUGGGGGACAACUCGAAGAAGGUUCCUCUUCCACUCUUUGCUUCUUGCUGAAGAACCCCUCCUCAACUGUUCCCCAGCCACCCACCACACAGAAAUUCAAAUCCAGAAUUUUUUUUAAAAAACAGCAGAGUGGCCCAAUGGUCACAGAAAAUCAUAAAAAUGCAGGGGAAAAAAACACAAGCUUCCAGAUUCUUGCAAACCCCUCCCCAACACCAAGUCCUUGAAUUCCAAACACCCCAACCCAAAAUCCAAAACCCCCCAAAAAAGUUUUAAAAGUUUAACUUACCAAAUGGGUGCAAAAGAAGUUUUGGAAAAGCUUCAAAAAUCACCAAAGCCUUCAAAAACCUCAAAAAAGGCUACCACACCGCGUUCUAUGAGUUGCUCCUCGAAGUCAAGUCGCAACUGUAUUAAUGGUGUUAAGAAAAGGAAACACACUUGCAAGACGUUUUCGUUUUCCGUCUUGCGAAGCAAGCCCAUAGGGAAAUUCGUCUUGCGAAGCAGCUCAAAAAACGCAAAACCCUUUCGUCUAGCGAGUUUUUCGUCUUGCGAGGCAUUCGUCUUGCGGGGCACCACUGUAAUCAUCUAACCUCCAAGUCAGUGGCCAUCCCUGCCUCCUGCAGCAGUGAGUUCCAUAGUUUCAAACUUGCGAAAAAGUCGUUUCUUCCUGAACCUUCAGGUAUUCUGUUUCCUUGGGUGGCCCUGAGUCCUAGCGCUAUGAGAUCCACUUUCUCCUCUAUGAGUAAUUGUAUCAUGCCCCCUGUUGUGCUCCCUUUUUUCUACGCCCCCCCCCAUAAAGCAGGUGUUAUCCCUUUCCUCCCAGGGAACUUGCUCCAACCCCUUGAUCGUUUUGGCUGUGCUUACCUGAGCCUUCUCCAGCUCUUUUUUUUUAAAAAUAAUAUUUAUUAUUUUUCCAAAGACUUAAACACUAAAAAGACAAUACAAUGCAAUACAUUAAAUUAACAAAACAAAACAAAAACAAUAAAAUAAAUCAAACGAUUUCAUUAUCCCAUCUUUCAUUCACUUAUUUCCACGACCUCCUCACACCUCCCUUUUUGUAUUCCACUUCUGUUAAUUAUUUCAGCAAUUCCUUUCCAUCUUCCUCUGUUUUCUAUCCUAUAAUUAUCUUAACUCAUUCUAACCUUAUUUUUUCCUUUAAUGCUCUAUUAAUCUAUCUGUACUUAAUUCCUUAUAACAUUUCUACUAAAGCCAUAUAACUUCAUUCCAACAUUUUUCUAACAUUCAUUAAUUUUACUGAGCCUUCUCCAGCUCUAUGGCAUCCUGUUUUGAUUCGCUUUUCCCUCCUCAUCUUCCAGGCUUAUCAGAACUGGUUGAGGAAAAAUGGAGAAGAGGAGACUUUGCCCACGCUGGGCCUCACCAACUACCAGCUCUUCUUUGUGGGGUUUGCCCAGGUGGGUCUGAGUGUCCCAUUUUGGCGGUGGGUGGAUGAUGGCAUGCCUGGGCUAUGUUUUGUCUCUGGGUUCGAUGCUACAGACAGAGAAGGCUGUGACUAACUAUAUGCAGGCCUUUUGACACCUGAGAUGUAUGGAUCUAGAGAGAUAUAUUUAUUUUUUAUUGUUUUCCAAGAAAAAAGAACAUGUGUAUUUUUAGGACCCAUCCUAUUUUUGUGCAUGUUGAACAGUUUAUUCAUGCUGUAUUUUAUAUUGUUGUAACCCAAGCCUGGAAUUAGUUGGAGGCGGUCUUCUGUGCCCUCCAAGACCUCAAGAUCAUUCUUGGUCAUUAGAAGAAAAAUGCAAAUAAAUCAUUACCUAGUUAGCAAACCUGUUGUACCCUGCUUCAUGACCUUGGUUGUAUCCAAUGCUUUUCCUACUCAGAAUAGGCCCAUUGAAGUUGGGGAGCAUGACCAAUUUAGGCCUAUUAAUCUCACUGGGUCUUGUCUGAGUAGGACUAGCGUUGGAUAUAACCCAGGAUCAUUUUUUGCAGUGGGUCUGCUUUGAAUUAAUACAGUGGUACCUCGGGUUGCAGACGCUUCAGGUUACAGACUCCACUAACCCAGAAAUAGUACCUCAGGUUAAGAACUUUGCUUCAGGAUGAGAACAGAAAUCGUGCGGCGGUGGUGCAGUGGCAGCGGGAGGCCCCAUUAGCUAAAGUGGUGCUUCAGGUUAAGAACAGUUUCAGGUUAAGAACGGACCUCCGGAACGAAUUAAGUUCUUAACCCGAGGUACCACUGUAGUUGGAUACAACCCUUAGCAUGGAUUAAAACUCAAGAUUUACAGGAGCAGAAAAGUAACUCUGAUUUACAUGAAAUAAUACAUCCUGUUGAAUAUUAUGGUGAUACUUCACAUCCCAGUGAUUUACAAAUAAACACUUUCCCAUAAAUUUGCCCUCCUUUCAAUAGCUCAUCUCUCCAUGAUAAUAAUGGGAUUCACGAGGAUUUCCAGGAUGCUGUUCUCUCUCCUUACAAUGCCUUGGGUGGUAGCUGAUGUUACUCGAGAGUAGAACCACUUAAAUGAAUGCUCAUGGCAAACUCAGUCCCAUUAAUUUCACUAGGUCUACUGCUGUAUGGUUGACAAUAAUAAAAACAUAUAACCAAAACCAUAUUUUAAAAGUUUAAAAAAGCAGGCCAUAAAUUAACCAUUGUGGAAGGACGUCUUCCUAAUUGCCUGCAAAGGCCUGGCAGAAUAGAAAGGUUUUCAGCAGGCAUUAAAAAAAUUGGCACUGAAGGCGCCUGCUAAAAUUCCAGAGGUUGAGAGUUCCACUGGGCUGUGCCAACAAAACUUAAAGGCUCAGUUUCUCAUCAUUGUCAAGCGAGCUUCACCAACUUGGGGAACAACCAACAACACUUCUGUGGGUGAUCUCUGCAAUUGAGCUGGGGGCAUAAGACUUAGCUGGAUGUGCAAUUCCUCUUGCGAUUCCUUUCUCCUUCCAGGUCUGGUGCUCCGUCCGCACCCCGGAGAGCUCUCACGAAGGACUGGUCACCGACUCUCACAGCCCCUCCCGCUUCCGAGUCAUCGGGACCAUCUCCAAUUCCCCAGAGUUCUCGGAGCACUUCCGGUGCCCACGGGGCUCCCCCAUGAACCCGCAGCGGAAGUGCGAGGUCUGGUGAAGUUCCCCAAAGCCGAGGAGAGAGAAAAGGAAUGGGAUGAACUGGAGGGCAGCCCGGGGGAAACACAGCAGGAGGGGGUGCCCUCAGCCUUCCUCCACACCUAAGAGGCGCCCCGUGACCUUGGGACUAGCUCAGCGCUCUGCGAUGGCUGGGAGGGGUCCCCAGCCCUCACCCCAAAGCACCACCCCAUUUGACCCACUGUGAAGAUGUCCUCUACUCCGGAACCAAUUGCAUCGGUGUCCCCCUUUGCCUCUCACUUUGCUAAAAGUGCAGAAGUCUGCACGCAUGUCUGUGUUUCAGAUGCACUGACUUUGGGGUGGGGAUAAGGUCGUGCCGUCUCCCCCCCCCCCCCAAUAUGCAGCGGGGGGCGGGACUGGCUAUUCGCCACCAUAGGCUUGGAAGUUCUUGCGUCAUUUUUCCCCCCAAAAGGGGGAACCACCCAAAUUUUAAAAGAGAACCCAUUUUGGUCACAUCUAACAAGCGCCAACCCUCUCUGUAGACAGACAUACACGUCCAUACAUAUGUAUAAGUUUUGUGCGCUCACAUACACAUGGUAAAACUUGUAAGAUAUUUCUGCGGAAUUUUUUUUUUUUUUUUUAAUCUUGCAGAACACUGGAAAGUUCAGGGAAAAUGUAUUGAGUUGAAUGGACUGGUAUAUUUAUUGCGUGUGUGUGCAAUUCUAGGUUAAGGGCAUUCUGCUUAAAGCUGAGAGGCAGGAUACAAACCUCCCCCAUGGCUCAUCUCUCCUCACCCCCCGUGUCUUCUUAGGAGGAACGGCUCAUUUCCACGCAGACUCUCUUUUUGCUUGGGAAAUAUUCUGGGGCCUGGCUUCUCCAAAACCCUUUCCUUCCUGGCAACACUGUUGACUUUCCCAAUUAAAAUCCCGGACCUCUGCCCUAGCCCCAGGCGCAGAGCAGGCCACAUUUUCUAAAAAUGCUGCCUUUGGGGCUUGGGGCUUCAAUCUCCAAGCUAAAUCUGAGAGAUUUCCCAGCAGGACAAGCAUGUCACAACCUACCAGCCAUCGUUGGCAGCCUUUGCACCAGGAAGAUGAGCUGCCUUGCAGAGAAAUGCCCCCAUCACAAACUCGAAGAUGCACCUCGAAUGAUGUACCUUGUGUGUCAAGACCCCAGCUGACGUGGGCAGUUUCAGUGCCGCUGAAGAAGUAGCCCCUGAAAGUCUUGCUGAAGUACUGUCUGUCUUUGCUCAGCCAAAGAAUAUGCCUGUAUUGAGUCUGGAGCUGAAUCAUCCGGACAUUUGUACGCAUAACCCCAAGUAAAAGAAAUUUUAAAGGCUUGUUAGGCCCACGGACCUGCAGCUGACAUGUUCUCCCUUCCUCCCCCCACCCCCUUGUGGCCUUAAUAACUUAAUUAAGGGUUACUGAAUUUGAAAAGGCCCCAAAUCCUGGCUGUUUGUGUGGUGUCAGCAAACUCUACACCACAGCCAAACUCUUGCAUGCAUCUAACUGCUUUUGCUUUACCAGUGCCCUCCACCACUGUGAACUCUCGGGUGCUCAGCAGCUCGACAAAGGCACAAAACCUGGAGCUUUCAGCUGUGGACAGGUGUCAGGACUGCAGAGAAGACUGUCUGCCUCAUGACAAAGCCAUUUUUUAUUGUACUGAAAUACAGCGGUCGGUUUCGGAGACCCCUUGACUGGUGGGACUUGGGCAGUGAUGCUCCUGCGCUUGCAGACAAACUUCCUUGAAGAAACAGAGCUUCCUUGGACUUGUGAGCUGCCCGUCUCUCCUUCCAGCCUCCCUGCAACACACUGGGGCCAGGAGCCAUUGCAAUCCCAACUCGUAUGCUGAACUUCAGGCAGGGAGAGAAGAUGUGCUGUACCUCCUUUCCUAGGCAAGCUUUCUUAUGCCUUGAAUUAAACAGAGGAGGGGAGAGCUCUGGUAUUGCAAGUUCAACCCAGGCCUCCCCAACUCCACUACAAGUUGAGAUGCCUUCAUUCCAAAGAGUCAGCAAGACUAUGCUUGCGUAGUGAUUAGUGGUUUCUCUUCAUCUUUUGCUCUUGAAGAAGUCCAUCUUGCGUGUAUUUUUGGCUUGUGUGUCUGUCUGUCUUUACUUUGUCUGGUGAGCCUCCUGCCCUGAGGACGGGCGAAACGGAUCAGUUGGUUCGCAGCCUCCCAAACUUUGUAGGCUUGUGGAGUCCCCACUCUUCAUUUCCUGUGGAAGUGGCUGUCCAUCAUUUGGUACCACAACUCCAGGAGGACCUGGGGGUGCAAAGGGAUAGCCACUGAGUUUCUGGGGCUCUGGGUACAGCAGCAGUGUCCCCACUUCCUGUCCUCAGUCUGUCUUGUGGUGGGUGGCCUUGCAGAUGUGCAGGUGGGGAACAUGGUUGCUUGAACUCUGCCCUGCUGCGACACAUGGGCCGGAGUUGAGAAAAUGAGUGAGUGUGAGCUUUAUCUUUGCGGUGGGGAAAUGCCUUACUCUCAACAUGGCUGAGAAUGCGCUUCUAGUGCCUUAACAAUGUUGGCGCAAUCCUCCCACCAGCAACAUCAUGCACUUCCUGGGCCAAAUCCUGCCCUGCACCAAACAAUGAGCCCUGCAAGCACACAGUAAACAAAGAUCCAGCAGGUAUUGUACUGAUCAUGCCACCUCUGACAUCUUGCCAUCUUGGACUUGUGGAAAGGGUGCCUUGGACACUCUUCCUGAUUUCCCCCAAGCUCCUGUCUUAUCUGUCUGUCUCCCUUCUCUCCCCCCCCCCUUUUCUCUCUUCCUGGUGACCAAAAGUGGUCUCUUUUUUGCUGCUUGGGACGAGCACUGAUCCCUUGAUGCCAUUUUGUUCAGCUGCCUUCUCCCACCACUGAAGGUAAGGAGAGGGUGCCUUUCCAUCACCUGUGCAGGGGAGAGCGAAGAAGGAAAACCACCCCAGGGUUUUGUACCCCUUAACAGACCCCGCUUUGUGUGGUGAGAGCACAGAGCUGCUCUUGAACCCAGUGCUGCCGCUGCUGCUGCAGCCGCCAUCCUUCCCAUUUUGGGCUGCUCUCUUCCUCUUCUGGUUUUCCUCUUGGAUCCCUCCUGUGCAGAGCAAAAAUGGUUCCAUUUGUGUAAUCUGCUUUUAGUAAUUGGACCCAAGAAGAACGCGAGCUGAUCGCUUCAAGAUGGUGCAGCAGAUGUUUUAAGAGGGCUGGGGGCAGGGAGACCUAGUAGAACUUCUCCCCUCCAAAUGGAAAGAAGGAAGACCACCACCACCAAAAAUGUAGGGCUUGUGAUACCCUAAGGGGGCUUGCUCAGCAUCUGGGAAGGCUUGUAGCCACUGAAAAAGGGAAAUAUUAGGAAAUUAUUUUCUUCGCACCAGACAAGGCCAAACUUAUUUCAGACUAGGGGAAGGUCUGGGAGGAAUAUUGUGGUAUUUAUGUAUGGACAGGAUGGGGGAGAAUAUAAGGUCUGGCUGAUUUGUUCUUUGUUGUCACCUUCCCUGCAUCUUUGGAGAUUAUUGUAAUUUUGAAAUAAAAGCUUUUCUUGGGUUUUAUUAAUUUUGGGAGUUUGUGUGUGUGUGUCCCUAACUCUGCUUUUGACUAUCCCCUAUCUCCCACCAAGGUUCCUAUUUUCCCCUCACACUAUUUGUUAUUUGUUCAUUAAAAUAUCUACACUUAUUGAACAGUUUUGAGCAGUUUACCACAAUAAAAAAAUGCAAGCUCUAAAACCUGCAGUAUAAUAAAUUCUUGCCUAUUGGCCAUUUAUAA